UCAUAACCCUAUUGAGUGUUUUUUAACUAAAUUAACAUGGCUCGAAUGAACCGCCCAGCCCCCGUGGAAGUCACCUACAAGAACAUGAGAUUUCUUAUUACACACAAUCCAACCAAUGCGACCUUAAACAAAUUUAUAGAGGAACUUAAGAAGUAUGGAGUUACCACAAUAGUAAGAGUAUGUGAAGCAACUUAUGACACUACUCUUGUGGAGAAAGAAGGUAUCCGUGUUCUCGAUUGGCCUUUUGAUGAUGGGGCACCACCAUCCAACCAGAUUGUUGAUGACUGGUUAAGUCUUGUAAAAAUCAAGUUUCGUGAGGAACCCGGUUGUUGUAUUGCUGUUCAUUGCGUUGCAGGCCUUGGGAGAGCCCCAGUACUUGUUGCCCUAGCAUUAAUUGAAGGCGGAAUGAAGUAUGAAGAUGCAGUACAAUUCAUAAGACAAAAGCGGCGUGGAGCUUUUAACAGCAAGCAACUUUUGUAUUUGGAGAAGUAUCGUCCUAAAAUGCGGCUGCGCUUCAAAGAUUCCAACGGUCAUAGAAACAACUGUUGCAUUCAAUAAAACUGGGGUGCCUAACGCUAUUGAAAGUGGAAUCUGAGAUACAACCUAAUUUGUUAUACAUAUUAGCCAACAUGUUGGCUUAGUGAGUAAGUCUAAUGAAGCUUCCACAGGAGUAUUGAAAGGCAUUUUUACCAGGCUACAAGCUAGACAGAUUUGGCAACCUCUGUGUUUGGGUUACAGUCAACCUAUUUGGACACUUGGCAAAAGAUUCUUGUUGUCAGCAUAUAAAAUGUGUCUGUCAUUUGUACCAAUUGACCAUUCCCAAAAUCAUGUAGUAUUGAAUUACGACUUGUUUCAAUCUAUUCCCAUGCCAGAAUCUUAUCAAUACAUAUGUAGGAAGAUUUAGGUGCCAAAAUACCCAGCACAAUACUUAACGUAUUUUUAGUACCAUACAGAACUAAAUCCCAGGAACUAUGAACACUCUAGACCUUAUGUGGUUUAUUCCUGCAAUCAUUUCAGACAUUGAAAGUAGGGCCUACAUGGUUAUUUGCCUGCCUGCUUUAUGUUUACAUCUCCCACAUUCUUACCAGUAUACAUCAGGUUUGCUUAACCAUUGAUUUUUUUUUUUUAACCAAGUCUUACAGUGAUUAUUUAAUGUGUUUCUAUAAAUCUCACUUUGUGCUGUUAUAAAAAAACCUCCAUUUUUAAAAUCUACAUUGUACAGAAGCACAUGUCUUUAAUGUCUUCAGACAAAAAAGCCUUACAGUUAAUUUAAUGUUUGCACUCUGAGGUGCAACUUAACAGGGAGGGCCUGAGACAGAAUGGGAGGGGGCUGUUAAUUAUUUUUAGCAAAAUGUUGCCUUUGUCUUGUGCAGAACAUGUAGAAUAUGCUCUUUAAUUUAGUAAAAUAUUUUUUUAAAAGGUAGAGAUGCUUUGUUAUUGUAAUCAUAAACUUCCUGAAAUUCUCGUAAUUUUUUUUCCAUACUUAUCAGAAGUUGUUUACCAACUUAUUUUUGUUUGAAAGUGUGAUUAUUUUUUUUCCUUCCAAGCCUCUCUUGCAAAAACAGAACUAGGUUUCUGCUAAUGAAUUGAGCAGACAUCUAAUAUUUUAUAUGCCUUUUGAGCUGUGUAACUUAAUAUUUGGAUACUUGAUAAUUUGUUUUAUUAUGUAAUUGAUAAAAUGGUGAUGUGUAUUAAUGUUAGUUCAACCAUGUAUUUAUACUGUCUGGGGAUGUGUGGUUAUAGUUCUGUGGGAGAAAUAAUUUGUCAGUGUUCACCAGCUUGUAAAAACUUAGUGCGAGAGCUUAAACAUCUAAAUAAAUAAUGAAAUGCAUUUAUCAUCAUUGAGAUUGUUUUGCUUAAAAUUAACUUGUUUUGUAGAAAACAAAAUGAAUUGCACUUCACUUAAUGCCAUUUGAUGUAAAGUGUGUCCUCAUCUUUUUACAAAUGAAGGAUUAUAAAUGAAGUCAGCAUUUUAGUAAGCUUUUAGACAAAAUUUGUUAGCGUCAUUCAUGAAAACGGUUUAAUACUAAAAGCACUUUCCAUUACAUUUUAAAGAUCUAGAUAAUUUUGAACCAGUUUAUUGUGUACUGAGGAGAAAUCAUGUGUAGUAGAGGACAGCCUAGAUUUCUAAAGCUCAAUUCCACUAAUUAAUGGUUUUGUGCAACUUCUGAGCCUCAGUUUUCUCCUUUGCAAAUUAAUAAUUACAUAAUUUUAUUGAUUUUGAAAUUAGUUUAAACAUUAGUAUUUGGCACAUUGAAGGCUUAAUGUUAAGUUUCCUUUAAUGUUCUAAAAUAAUUCCUUUGAUAGUUCAUGUUAAUCUAAAAGUGGUAGAUGUCUUUGUCUAAUGUUUUUUCAAUAGCAGUUAGAAAUGUAAAGGAUUCAAAGUUCAAGUAAAAAGUGGCACUCCACCUUGUGUUUCUAAUGCCAUCUCUUCAUACCAUUUAAACACCUAAUAUAUUCUAUUCCUGAAAUUUAGAGAGGGCAAAGGGAAGAACGGGGGCCUCUGGAGACCCAUGGUUAUUUAAAUCUUGGAUUAUUUGUGAUAAUAAUCACAAAUUUUUGGCUAUUGGUUAGCUUGAGCUGUUUUUUUAAGGAAAUACAGCCUAGUCUUGAUGAGAACAUAAUUUUAUAUAACCAAUUAUUAAAUGUUAAACUAUUACCACACAGCCCAUAAAACAGCAUUUGUGUUUAUUGAGAGAGAGGAUGUACUAUCAUGAUUAAUGAAAAAUACCUUUUGAGUUUGAAAAGAAAUUAAUUUGCAGUGUUGGAUUGUAUAUAUGGUGCUAAAAAUAAAUUUACUUUAUAAACCUUAUCUGUACAAUAUACAAUGUGAUGAAAUUUGCUUUUUAUCCAAAUAUUUUGUAUCUUGUAAAUAUGGCUAAUUAUAGGAAUGCCUAUAAUAUAUCUUAGAUUCCUUAUAUCUAGUAAGAAUUCAGAGUUAUGAGUUAAGUCUUGAAUGCAAGAAAUUAUCUGAUGGUGUCCAAAAUUUGGUUAGUUGGGUUUGGAUACCCUUAAUGGGAUGAUGUAAAUAGAUACUAGUUGCCUAGGCUUGUCUAUAGAAACCAUAAUGUUGCUGAUGUAAGUAAUGCAGUUACUGAAUCAUAAGAAAAUGCCAUCUCUUUUCAGUUGAAGGAAAACUCUAGAAAUAGGUGGAGUUGGUCAUUCUGCAGUGCACUGCAACCAUUGUUUCCCCUGGUGCCCUCCUUUCCCUAGGGCAUUGCUCUCCUAUUCCCAUGCCUUAACACAGCUUCAUACCUAGAAGCAGCCAGCCCAGGCAUGCAGUCACAUUUAAUCACAUCCCCCUUCUGGAGUGCUUCAAAAUGAUGUGGUCCCUCAACUUAGCUAAAGAAUCUCAAUCUCUAGAAAUCUAUUUUUUACAUGUUAUCAUCAUCUGGUCAGUAUUUACUGUUUGCUGGGCAUUUAAGAGUAUGUCAGAGAACAUGAAAGAUGGUGUCACCAGAUUUUGGUCACCCAUGAGUACCCCACCCCUUGCCAUGACUAAGAGAGAAUGUUUUCUAUUAGAGUUCAGGAAAUAUAAUUUGAGAAUACUUCAAAAGGAAGUGGAAGUAUAAAUGAAGGAUAUUUUUCUUUUACAUGUAAACAAUGAAGUUAUUUCAAAGUAACUUUUAAACAAAAUACAUGAAGUAGUGUCUACCUUACAUGUUUAUAUUCUACAUUCUUGCUUCCUUAAAUUAAUAUGUUUGUGUGUAUAUAUGUGCCUCACACCUGAAUUGAAAAUUAAAGACUGGUUUAAAAGUGA